AUGCCUUACAUCGACGACAGCGUCCAGAAAAACAAUUCUCCCCUUUAUUUCAGUUUUCUUACGUCAUUGAGACUCAUAGGACCGGCCGGUGGGUUCAUACUGUCCUCAUUCUCACUGCGAUUCUAUGAGAAUCCCUUUUAUGAUCCUGGAUUCCUAUUAUUCAUAGUCACUAUUCCUAUGUUUUUAUUCCCAAAACAACUCAAAACAGCGACCGUUAAGGCGAAGGAUCUCAAAGACAAUAUCGAAGGACUUAAAGGCAUAACAGCGGGUGUCAAGCGUUUGGCCAAAAAUCCUAUAUUUAUGUUUCAUAUGAUUGGAGGAGUGUUUCGAUACAUAGGUUUUGGCGGAUAUUAUAUAAACAAAACCAAAUAUAUUGAGUCUCAGUUCAGACAAUCGAGUUCCAGUGCCAGUUUCAUCACAGGUACCACAUCUGUACUUCCCAUGGCUAUCGGUAUCAUAUUAGGAGGUUUU